AUAAGAAGGUCGACUCUAGUCGAUAGAUGGCAGGAAGGUAACUGUCACACUCACAAUAGACACUCGUCCCUCUGGCUCUCAAGUGUCAUUAAUGGCCUAGCAAGUGCCAAAACACAACUGACAGCUUCAUGCACACACAGGAGCAGCUAUUAAAAUGGGGGCCAUAGCUAGCAGGCAGAACGCUGGGGUCGAGGAGGUGGACAUUGGGGUCAACCAUGCCUACAGAUACCCUCCUAAAAAUGGAAAUUACUUCAGCAGUCAUUUUAUCAUGGGAGGCGAGCGAUUUGACACUGCUCAGCCGGAGAUGUAUCUCUUUGGGGAAAACAUGGAUGUUAACUUCCUGGGAUCACGACCAGCACCAUUUCCAUAUCCAGCUCCAACAGCCAAUGAGCCAAGUAAAACUUUGAAAGCACUCAUCAAUAUUAGAAAGGAAAGUUUGAGAUUUGUCCGUGCGCCCGAUGAAUCUGCAACCUUAAAAGAGCCUGACGACACCACUGCUACUUCCAGAUUUAACAUAGAAUUUACAUUUGAUUGUGAUGUGCGAUGUGCCAUUACCAUCAUGUACUUCUGCUCGGAGGAUGUUACAACUAGUGGCAUGAUCUACACGCCACGUGAUGCCAGCAUGAAUUCAGAAACGUACCACUAUAAGCGAGGAGCAAACCAACAGUUCUCGCAGGUGUGUCACGUCUUCGACCCCUCUCUCUAUCCUGAAGAAGAGCUCUUGUACAGCUUUGACAGAGAGAUUCUGCCUAUUGUUAUAUAUUGUGUUGCAGAAGAAGGAGAAGAUCCCCGUCAGUCUCAUGUUACUUUUGCUGUGGUAGAAAGGCACAGUGAUGGGUAUGCCCUGAAGCCUCUCAAACAGAAGCUCUUUGUGGAUGGCCUCUCUUACCUUCUACAAGAGAUUUAUGGCAUAGAAAACAAGAAUGCAGAUAAUUGUAAGGUUUCAACAGAGGAAGAUACGGAGGACAAUGGAGCUGAGUGUGUUAUCUGCAUGUGUGACCUGCGUGAUACAUUGAUCUUGCCGUGUCGUCACUUGUGUUUGUGUAAUUGCUGUGCCGAUUCUCUCAGGUGUCCAAGCCAACAACUGCCUAUUUGUCGUGCACCCUUCAGGCUCUCCUCCAGAAAAAGCCUUGAGAAGAGCUCUGCAGCUGCAACAAUCCAGCCACAACCACCCAGGGAGGCUGAGAGGUCUUCCUUUGUGGCAAUUUCCAUCCUCCAUGCUGCGUCUGAGGGAGACGAGGAGGGUGUGCAUACCUCUAAUGCUUUGGGUGGGGAUAAUGUACCAGCGGGUUAUGAGGCAGUUUCACUCAUCGAGGCUCUCAAUGGUCCAUCUGUUACACCUCAGCAGCCCACUGCCCCUCCAGCCCACGAGAUGUACGUCCAGCUGCCCCAGAAUGCCGCUGAUGCCCCAUCUGAGCCUCACAUUCGUAAUGAAACAUCCAGGUGUUUCAUUGAGAGUAUAAAUGUUCGAGCUGGGACUGGCACGGUGGAAGAUUCAACCACGCAGACUGACCGUCCACCUAGCUCAUGUGACUCAAAUAAUCUCUCCAAUGUUGUAACUGAGAUGCGCAUGUCAGUGCUGCUUGCUCAAGAGUCGGAGGAGCAGGCAAAUGCCAAGAGUGAUAAUGUUGUGGCUGUUGCAGCAGCACCAGUCAAAAAGAAAACAAGUCGGAAGCAGUCUCGUGAGAAGCAGCAGCAUUAUGGCUCAAAGGAUAGUGUUAAGGUUGUCAAUGAACUAGGGGCACAACGGAGUAUUGAGCCUGUUGACCCAGCAGAAACAAGGAGCCUCUUGGAUGAGGACCAAUCUGAAGCUGAUGCUGGGAUGGAGUGUGACAGACUGAGGCACCAAAGCCCGCGAGAGCCCGAGAGCUGCCAUGAAAUAAGGGUUCCACAGGCCGAGGCAGAGGUCGAUGAUGACGAUGGAGAUGAGGGGGAGCAAACACUGGAAAAGAAAAGUGAUGACCAAAGGGAGCAAUCCAUUGUGGUGUUGCCAGACUCAACUACCACAGAGAGUGAUGAGAAUGACCUGCCACAGGUGGUUUCCCAUUCUCCAGUUGUGACACCAAGGAAGACCCCAUGGACUGGGAGAAACGGUACUUCAUCAGAUGUAUCGGUUCCCGCUUCCCCAGGUGGAGGAGCGUCCAAUGUCAAUCAUCAGAGUGAUUCCGUUUCUCUUCCUGGCACACCAUUAAGCAAUGCCUCAGCUGUUAGUAGGUCUUCAGAUGCGUCGGUGAGCUCUGCCUCGUCAACACGCGCUCUUCUCUCUCACCCGAUGGAUAGUUCGCCGGCUAGUGUCGUGUAAAUCUUUUAUAACUCAUUUUGUGUAUAACAAUCUGAAUUUUAAGAGUAGACAUUAAUCCAAAUAUAUAACAAUGUAACACCUGGUGUUACAUUUAAUUUUGCAUUUUAAAUGCUACAUAAACAUUUAGAGGUGUGAAAUAAAUUUUCAGGUUAAAAAUUAAUUUAAUUUUUUUUAUAUAAGAUGGUUAUUCUUCAAUAUUUAUUGUCUUAUACUUGCUUUGUUCAGUAUAGUAUAAACAGAAGGCAGAACCAUACCUUCUGAAAUUUGUAAAAAAUAUAUGAAAAGUAAAAUACAAAGGAUAUUUUAUCCCUUAAGUGUCCGUGCCGUAGUACUACAAGUUUGAAGUCUGUCUGUGCCGUAAGUAAGUAAGUUUAUUCAGGCAUACACAAAUACAGUUACAUAGAAGCGUGUAGAGAACUAGGUUAACCCAAAAAAGUCUGUGACUUGUGUCAUAAGCUCAGCUCACUCAGAUAAGCUAGGAGCUGUAAAUUUGGGCUUAGAUAUGAGGGAAUGGGUUGAUGCAGUAAGUGUGCACCAUAUAAAAAUAAUCCUGACUCACGCAGUGCAUAAUGGGAAAAACUGCAACUGUGUUUUUGGUUUAAAAUAGUGACCUUGUAGUGUAUUUUUGGAUGGCUUUUAUGGUUAUAUUCUCAAUUUCUUGGUAUAAUUUGAUAGAUUGGAGGAUAUAUUACAGAAAUAGAGAUAAUUUUGAUUGGUUUCAAAACUGGAAGUAGCUUGAUUAUUAUUAUUAUAAUCAAGGGGGAAGCGCUAAACCCGGAAGAUUAUACAGCGCCUGGGGGGGGGGAUGUGGAAGGCAUUCAGGCUUAAUUCGGGGAACUGGAGCACAGAUCCAAUUCCCUAAAUCAAGAACCCCUCACCAACAUCAAGGAGCCUUCCUUGAGGGGGGAAGUAGCUUGAAAUUGAGCUCGAAUUAGUGGAAAUAUUCGAUUUUUGCCGAUAUUCAAGAGUAAACAAAUCAUGUCACUUGUUCAGUCUAAUGUGUGCUCGCGAAUGUGCUGAUAUUAUUUAUACGGUUACUGCAAUAGUGCGUAACAGUAAAUCUUUGUUUUUUUGUGUGUGAUAAAAAAUCAAAAUGGAAUUUAUGUUUAAAGCCUGGGAACAUAACUAAUGAAUAGAGGAAAUGUUAUUUUAAUGCCAGGAAUACUUGCAUUGUUUAUUCUGGACCCUAUUUUGAAAUUGGUCAAAUUACCAAUCACUUUAUGGGGUAGUAGAAAAAGUUCCUUGUGCUCAUUCGAUACAAUGGAAAAUAUGCUAGCGAUAUAGCUAUAAAAUUGAUCAAUUGGAACAAUGUAAUUGGCUUAAAAUAGGACUCAAAGUUGGCAAAAUCUCUGACACAGCAAAAUUUGCAAAAGCGUAAUUUCGUCAAGUUUUACAUCAAAUUUCAUACGGUUUUAUUCCCUUCUGAAAAAGAUUCUCUACCAUUUCGUAAGAAAAAUUUUUGACACUGGACAAUUUUCAGAUCGGGGAUCUGGACACUCGAGUGGUUAAGGAUGUUUUUGAAACUGAGGAAGAAAUGCCCGAGAUAUUAAUAAAAAAAAAUGCCUUAAAUAACUUUAACCCUAAACAUUGAAGUAAAUUUUAACUUUUUAAAGAACAAUGAACAUCUGGAGAGCAAAGCUAUGUAAAACAGCUAUUUGCAGAUUGGCUUUAAAUCAGCAAAAUUCUGUGUAUGCAAUACAGUUUUUUUAGAAAAGAAUAUUUUUAUAUAUUAACACAUCGGCCUUCUCCCACCAAGGCAGGGUGGCCCCGAAAAAGAAAAACUUUCAUCAUCAUUCACUCCAUCACUGUCUUGCCAGAGGCACACUUACACUAGUUAUAAAACUACAACAUUAACACCCUUCCUUCAGAAUGCAGACACUAUACGUCCCAUCUCCAGGACAAGUCUGGCCUGCCGGUUUUCCUGACUCCCUUCAUAAUGUGAUAUUAUAAGAUCUUUGAGAGCAUUUUACUUAGUCCCCCUUUCAGUAUUCAUGACAAGAUCUUGGUUAGCUUUAUUAUUUCUUCCGCAUCCAGCUACUCCACUUUUGUCACUGCUACGUUCCAGUACCCUGAGGUUGCCCUUGUUCAGCUGUAAAUACCUAUAGGUGAGUGCAGCACUAGGCAUAAUCAGAAUUGCAAAACCCUCACACAGAAAAUCUGCAUGUAUAAAAAUAGAACAAAUUAUGCACUACAUUGUAUAAUGCUGUAAAACAAUUUUUAUAUACAUACUGUAUAUGAAAAAAGACAAAAUUUCAAUAAAUAUAUGUACUGUAGCUAAUGCAUUUGGAAUGUCUUAACAGAAAGUGGAAUUGCAUUUGGUAAAAAAGGUUAUGGGUGUAUAUUAAACUCCAUUUUCCUUUAUACACUGAUGUUUAUUUAGUAGACAGCCUCCAUGCACUUAGCACCACUGUAUAGUGAGUGUUUCUCUGACUAUAGCUCUUGGUUGAUACACUUUUGAGACUUCAGUUCUGAUAUUCACAGUAUUAUGACAUUUUUUUAUUGUCUGAAACUGCUAAUUUUUAAGGUUGCCAAGAUGUUCUUUUUUGAAUAUUAAAAGAAAUAUUGAGCUAAAGGCACUCAAUUGUGUGUAUGAAGAAUAUAAUCAUAAUGCAGUACAUUAUAUAAUUCUGGUGAUUUCCUUCAGAGGCUCUUGAUUCAAGGAAAUUGAACCUUUUCCUUUCUUGGAUCUAACCUGAUUACUUCCAAAUACCCCUGUGGGUUUAGCACUUCCCAAUGAAUAUAUAAGCCUGUCAUUAUAACUAAUGUAAGACAGUCUAUUCCCUGUAUAAGUGAACCCUUGAUUUAACUAACAAGUAGGGAAAAUUAGUGGAUACGUAACAAUUUUGCAGUGAUCAUAAUAAUGAGUAAUUUUGUAACCACCAGAAUUAUUUGGCCUUGUAUUUUUAAAGUCCAUUAAAUUGAGGUUUAGUGUGUACGUUCUUUUAAUCCAUGGAAGAAUUACUACAAGUUAUAUUCAGCUAGUUUGACCAUGUUUAUACCCUUGAUGAUGGGCUCAUGAUCCAGGGAACUGGGACCAUGUUUCCCUUAGAUCAAAUCAGGCUACUUUUAAUCCCUGAGGUACUGUUAUAGCUUCAGCUCUUCACCAUAAAUAUAGAUAUUGUUUAGUGUCUGAUAAUAUAUAUUUUUUUCAAAAACA